AUGGCAAUAAAGUCUAACUGUAACAUUAAAUUAGAAUAUGAUAUGGUUCAGACAAAGCAAGAUUGCUUAUGUGUUUUGGUUUCUUUCAACCAAAGUUCUUGCUGGAAGAAGAAGCUUCCACUAUCUUAUGGAAGAAAUGAUCAAGUAGUAAAAGGAAUUUCUGUCAUGAAAUUGAUGAAAAACGAUCCUUUUUCUUCCAUUUCAAAUCAAAAGAAAGAUCAUGAAACUUUGAUUAUUGUAAUUUCGGUUCUUUUAGGAAGCUCUAUGCUUGUCAUUGUGACAUUACUUGGAGCAAUGUUUUUUGGGUUUCCUUACAACCGCAAUAUGAUAAAAAGUUGUAGAACCAACAAAAAUGUUGUUGACAAUAACUUGCGCAAUUUUAGCUUCAAGGAAAUCGUUGAAGCAACGAGUAACUUCAGAGAGGAACUUGGAAGAGGGUCUUGUAGCGUUGUGUACAAAGGAACAAUAGAGAUGAUGGUUGAUGUAGCCGUUAAGAAACUUGAUAAGUUGCUUCAAGAUAGUGAUAAGGAAUUUCAGACCGAAAUGAGUGUGAUAGGACAAACUCAUCACAGAAACCUUAUUCGUCUUCUUGGAUAUUGCAAUGAGGGACAACAUCGGGUUUUGGUUUACGAAGGUCUUGUAUACUUGCAUGAAGGAUGUUGCACCCAAAUCAUCCAUUGUGAUAUUAAACCCCAAAAUAUACUUCUAGAUGAUCACUACAAUGCUAGGAUUUCAGAUUUUGGGUUAGCAAAGCUAUUGCUGAUUAAUCAGAGCCACACCGAAACUGGAAUUAGAGGAACCAAAGGGUAUGUUGCGCCAGAUUGGUUUAGGAGUGCACCAAUCACUGCAAAAGUUGAUACUUAUAGUUUUGGUGUAUUGUUGUUAGAGAUCAUUUGUUGUAGGAAAAAUGUAGAGAAGGAAUUUGUUAAUGAAGAACAAGGGAUUUUAACUGAUUGGGCUUAUGAUUUCUAUAAGACUAAAAGACUUGACAAUCUCUUAGAAAAUGAUAAUGAGGUCGGAAAUGACAUGAUGAGUUUGGAAAAGUUAGUCAUGAUUGUUAUUUGGUGUAUUCAAGAAGAUCCUUCUCUUAGGCCAACAAUGAAGGAGGUUUUACUGAUGUUAGAAGGAAUAGUCGAAGUUGUUUUUCCCCGAAGUCCCUAUCUUUAUGGUUCUGUAUCUAUUGAUUCAGACACAUAUUCAGACACAAUAAAUUCUAAGAAAACCCAGAAAGCUAUUCGGGUCAUGGAGAUUUUGGAAAAGCACGGCCAGGCUGAUGUUUUUGCGUAUGAAGCACUUUUAAAUGGGUACUGUAAAGCUGAUAUAGUUGAUGCUGCCAAUAAGGAAUGCCUCUGCACUAUGGGAGUUCUAUUUAACUACUACUGCACUUUACUUUGUAACUUCCAUUUUAUAAGAUUUGUGAAUCAUCCCAAUUUCGUUCAAGUAACUGCUACUGAUGUUGUUAUUGGUGAAGCAACUGUGAUUGUGAUUGGAAACAAUGUUACAAUUUUGUAUGAUGCAUCUAAGGUGUUUGAUGAAAUUUCCGAUAGAACUUUGAUCUUAAAAGUUUCUGGUUUGUUAAGAGGGGGUUUAAAUAUUGGUGAAGUGGGCUGUCCUCCAGAUGCAAUUUCUUAUAAUAAUAACUACGCCAAUGUGCAGCUUAUUCUAGAGAUUGCCGAGAUAACUCAUGUUGAUGCGGUAUGGCCUGGUUGGGGUCAUGCAUCAGAGAAUCCUGAGCUACCAGAUGCAUUAAAAGCAAAAGGAAUUGUAUUUCUUGGGCCUCCUGCAGUAUCUAUGGGGGCAUUGGGAGAUAAAAUUGGUUCAUCGUUGAUCGCUCAAGCAGCCAAUGUGCCAACCCUUCCAUGGAGUGGUUCACAUGUGAAAAUUCCUCCUGAAAGCUCCUUGAUUACUAUUCCUGAUGAAAUCUACCGAGCAGCAUGUGUUUAUACAACAGAAGAAGCAAUUGCAAGUUGUCAAGUUGUUGGAUACCCUGCAAUGAUCAAGGCGUCUUGGGGUGGUGGUGGUAAAGGCAUAAGAAAGGUUCAUAAUGAUGAUGAGGUAAGGGCAUUGUUCAAGCAAGUUCAAGGUGAAGUUCCGGGAUCACCUAUAUUUAUAAUGAAAGUUGCUUCCCAGAGCCGGCAUCUUGAAGUCCAACUGAUUUGUGAUCAGUACGGAAAUGUUGCAGCUUUACACAGCCGUGAUUGCAGUGUUCAACGAAGGCAUCAAAAGAUUAUUGAGGAGGGUCCGAUUACUGUAGCACCCCCAGAAACGGUGAAAGAACUUGAACAAGCGGCUAGAAGAUUAGCUAUAUCUGUAAAUUAUGUUGGGGCAGCUACAGUUGAGUAUCUUUAUAGCAUGGAAACUGGCGAGUACUACUUUUUAGAGCUGAACCCCCGUCUACAGGUUGAGCAUCCUGUUACUGAAUGGAUAGCUGAGAUAAAUCUGCCAGCAGCACAAGUUGCCGUUGGGAUGGGUAUCCCUCUCUGGAAAAUUCCCGAGAUUAGGCGUUUCUAUGGGAUGGAACAUGGUGGAGGGAAUGAUGCUUGGAGGAAAACAUCAUUUUUAGCUACCCCUUUUGAUUUUGACAAAGCACAGUCUACAAAGCCAAAGGGUCAUUGUGUGGCUGUGCGAGUGACUAGUGAGGACCCCGAUGAUGGUUUUAAGCCUACAGGCGGGAAAGUGCAGGAGCUCAGCUUUAAAAGCAAACCAAAUGUUUGGGCUUACUUCUCUGUUAAGGCAAUUAUAUGUUUGCAUUCUGGAGGAGGAAUCCAUGAAUUUUCAGAUUCUCAAUUUGGACAUGUUUUUGCCUUUGGAGAAUCGAGGGCUUUAGCAAUUGCAAAUAUGGUUUUGGGGCUGAAGGAAAUUCAAAUUCGAGGAGAAAUUCGUACUAACGUUGAUUAUACAAUUGAUCUUCUGAAUGUAAAUUUUUAUCAUGAUGACAAGGUAAUGAAGUUUUGUAAAACAGGUUGA